AUGGACAUGGACGAUAUGCCGGACGAUCCUGUUAGCGGCGAGAUGGUAAUGAGUAAAGCGUACAACGUGGAGCUUAAUAACGGUCAGCGACUGCGCUUCGCCGCUCAAGACACGUUUGACGCUUUUCUAAAAGACCCGGAAGAGAAGAGCGUUCUCUGUCCGGUGUGUGGCAUGGCGUCGUCUGUCUUCGGUGGACCGGAAGUAGUGAUGAAGCAUGGGGACCAGGCGGUCCAUACGUGCAGUAUGACACAUGCACGGGAAGUGUUCGAGGAUAUUUUGUCGUUCCAAGCCCCCACGGAGGGAAAUACUGCGCAAGAAGAGCGCGGAUUCUGCUCUGGACCUGGCACGACCAUGCUGAACGGUUUCUCGCUCACUGGCACCUCCACGCCGUGCAUCUUGCUGUGGUUCCCUGGGUGGGUCUUAGAUUCGCGUAUGCGCUACAUUUUUGGGGGCAUCCUAGUGGCACUAGUGGCGGUUUUCAACGAGUAUCUGUUGCAGUUGCGCCGCGUGUUGCGUAAGGAGAGCAGCGUGAAGCGAUUGAUGAGCAGCAACGCGCCACAAGCGACGGAGAGUGCGCAACUACUGCGAUCGACGGCUCAAGGUAUGCCAUUAGCUGACUCUUGUGGGCCCACGUGGUUCCGUACACUGUCUCCAGAGACGCAACAUGGUGUGCACAGUUUGUUGCACGGCGUCACGCUCUUUGUGGCCUACAUGCUCAUGCUGGUGUCCAUGACGUACGACUUUACGCUGCUGCUGUGGGUGGUUGCCGGCUAUGUGGCGGGCCACUACGUCUUCGGUGAACGUCGUGAAGCUCCUCUUAGCAACGGGGAGAUGGAGUCCAAUUUUCCCUAGACAGUUGAGCUGUCUUUUGCUGUUUUGUUUUUCCUUUUCAAUUCAUUUUUAACGACUAAUAUAUGGCGUGAAUUGCGUCCUGCA